AUGGCUGGCCUCCGCAUGAGCGUCGUGGUCAGCAUGACUGCCUUCCUCCUCGGCGUCCUGUUCACACAUUGGAUCGCGGAUUCGCUCACGCUCUGGAAGUCGCCUGAACGGCAAACGGACAGCAGACUGUGGACCGCGGCGACAUACUACACCGUGCUCAUGCACGGCCCACCUGAGCUCGCAUACCUCUACGCCGCGGCGACGAUCUGUGGUGGCGCUACGCUCUUCUGGAGUCUGCGCGACGGACGCGCGGGCAACCUGAUGUUCGACGGCGGGAGCAUCUUCCUCUACUCGACCGCUAUCGCGAUGUACAUCUACUCUGUCAUCCCCAACCUCACCACGAACUUCGCGACGCUCCCACUCCCCUUCAACGCCCCCACACCCCCGUCAGCGCUCCCUCCGUUCCCCGCGACACUCCGGGAGCCGACCCUCGAGCUCGCGUCCUCGCACCUCGUCUGCAGCGUCGCCCUCACCGGCGUGCUCGUCCUCCAGGCCGGGCGCUGGUGGGCGGAGCAGGGCGAUGUCGAUGAGGACGAUGACGAGCCUACCGUGGAUGAGCCGGAGCGCGUCGAGCCGGAGAGGGCCAAGGUGGCAUGA